UGCCUGCGUUGCCCAUAGCCCUCACCGCGCCGCCGAGGGGCACCGACCCCCUCCCCCCUAUACGACGAUCCAAUGGCUGACCAAAGGAUGGACAUUUCCUCUACAAUUAGUGAUUUUAUGUCACCAGGACCCACCGACCUAAUCUCUAGUUCCCUUAGCACUUCAGGAAUGGAUUGCAAUAGGAAAAGGAAAGGAAGUUCUACUGAUUAUCAACUUGAUGGAUUUUCUUUUGAAGAAGGUAUGGAUACAGAUAAAGAUGACCAACAUGGAAGGUUGGAAUAUACGGACCAACAAGGCAGAAUAAAAAAUGCAAGAGAGGCUCAUAGCCAGAUUGAAAAAAGACGUCGAGAUAAAAUGAACAGUUUUAUUGAUGAAUUAGCAUCUUUGGUACCAACGUGCAAUGCUAUGUCCCGAAAGCUAGAUAAACUUACUGUACUGAGAAUGGCUGUUCAGCAUAUGAAAACAUUACGAGGUGCCACAAACCCAUAUACAGAAGCAAACUACAAACCUGCUUUUCUGUCAGAUGAUGAAUUAAAACAUCUUAUUCUCAGGGCAGCAGAUGGAUUUCUCUUUGUUGUGGGCUGUGACAGAGGGAAGAUAUUGUUUGUUUCAGAAUCUGUCUUCAAGAUCCUCAACUACAGUCAGAAUGAUCUGAUUGGUCAGAGUUUGUUUGACUACCUUCAUCCUAAGGAUAUUGCGAAAGUUAAGGAGCAGCUCUCUUCUUCUGAUACUGCACCACGAGAAAGGCUCAUAGAUGCAAAAACUGGACUUCCAGUUAAAACAGAUAUAACACCUGGGCCAUCGCGACUUUGUUCUGGAGCAAGACGUUCCUUCUUUUGUAGGAUGAAAUGCAACAGACCUUCAGUGAAAGUAGAAGACAAGGAUUUUCCUUCCACCUGCUCAAAGAAGAAAGCAGACCGCAAAAGCUUUUGCACGAUUCAUAGCACAGGAUAUUUAAAAAGCUGGCCGCCAACAAAAAUGGGACUAGAUGAAGACAAUGAGCCAGAUAAUGAAGGCUGUAACUUAAGCUGUCUUGUUGCAAUUGGACGGUUACAUCCUCAUGUAGUUCCUCAACCAGUCAAUGGCGAGAUCCGGGUUAAACCUACAGAAUAUGUCUCUCGACAUGCAAUAGAUGGGAAGUUUGUUUUUGUAGAUCAGAGGGCAACAGCCAUUCUGGCAUACUUACCACAGGAACUUCUAGGCACUUCAUGUUAUGAAUAUUUUCAUCAAGAUGAUAUAGGACAUCUUGCAGAAUGUCACAGACAAGUUUUACAGACAAGAGAAAAAAUUACAACUAAUUGUUACAAGUUUAAAAUAAAAGAUGGCUCUUUUAUUACCUUGAGGAGUCGCUGGUUCAGUUUCAUGAACCCUUGGACCAAAGAAGUAGAAUACAUCGUCUCAACAAAUACAGUUGUUUCCACCAGUGUACUUGAUGGUGGAGAUGCAGCCUUUCCGCAGCUUGCAGCUUCUCCGCACAGCAUGGACAGUGUACUUCAGGCUGGAGAAGGUGGCACAAAAAGGACCCAUCCUACAGUUCCUGGUAUUCCAGGUGGAACAAGAGCUGGGGCAGGUAAAAUAGGUAGAAUGAUUGCUGAGGAAAUCAUGGAGAUUCAUAGGAUAAGAGGGUCAUCACCUUCCAGCUGUGGUUCCAGUCCAUUGAACAUUACCAGCACACCACCCCCUGAUACGUCUUCUCCAGGAGGCAAAAAGAUUUUGAAUGGUGGAACUCCAGACAUUCCCUCUGCUGGUUUACUAUCUGGGCAGAUCCAGGAUAAUUCUGGCUAUCCAUAUUCCGACAACUCCUCCAUUCUUGGGGAGAACUCUCACAUAGGCAUAGAUAUGAUAGACAACGACCAAGGAUCAAGCAGCCCCAGCAACGACGAAGCUGCAAUGGCAGUUAUAAUGAGCCUUUUGGAAGCAGACGCAGGCCUCGGAGGCCCUGUGGAUUUUAGCGACUUACCGUGGCCCUUGUAAAUGCUACAUAUUAAUUCAGCAUCUGAAUAUCAAAGUGCAUUAUUGGUGGAGUUCUACAGUCUGUGAAGCUUGGAUUAUGAGAAUAGCUUUUAUGUAUGAAUUUCAUAAAAGCCAUAUCAGAACACACAACUCAUCCUACCAUGUGUCAUUUCAGACAAAGUGGAGAUAAUACAUGCUACAGUGUUCUUGCAUUAUGGAUUUGGUUAGCUGUGGAUAGCUUGCAUUAAUUGUAUAUUUUGGGAUUCUGUUCUUUUUGAAUUUUUUUUAAUCACUGUGCAACUCAGCACUGUUAUCAUUGGUAGCUUUUAUAUGCAAACGGUCAUUUCAGAUGUAUGAUGUGUUUUUACACUACAAAAAGGUCCCCCAUGUGGAUAUUUCUUAUACUAAUUGUAUCAUAAAACUGUUUAUUCUUUCUUGUCAGAAUCCUUUACUAUAAAUAUUGUUAAAGUGUAAUGUAUUAGACAGUUAAAUAUUUUUAAAAUAAAUAUGUUUCC